AUGGCUGUUCGGGCAGUUGCGGCGGAAGUGGUUCGGGACCUUGCAGCACUCGAGAGACGGACAUGUGGUGAUGCCUCGGGAACGGGACCAUGCAGCGAUCGAGCGACAGGAUCCUGCGGAUGUUGCGACCAGGGAUACUUCUGGGGCUGCAAAGGGUCAUGUGGGGGAACAACCUACUCUGUAAGCGUGUUCGAGGCCUUGGUAGGCAAUGUACAAGUCAACCUGAUACUUUUCGGUAUUGAAUACGCUGCAAAUCCAAGGUAUCUCGCGCAGAUCGACAUCAUCAAGACUUCGUACUCGUUGACCUCUGCCGUUACGUCAGAUCAAGAUUUGAUGCAGUCGUUAACCCUUGAAGUGCUGAGAACAGCUUCUGGCUUCAUCCCACCUCCGUAUGGAAUAGCAAUUCGAGUUGCCUGGGGUGCCUAUGAUUUUAUUACAACGUAUGAAGAGACUGGAAAUGUCUGGGAAGCUUCACUCACAGCAAUAUCCAAUAAUCUUGAGGUAGGUGAUGUUAAGUACGUCGGAAAUCUUCUCGCAAAUGCUGCUAAAGCUUCGAACAAGCUGAAUCGGAGAGCGCAACUAUCCACAAGGAGCAUCAAUGGGAACCACUCAAAUCCCGAGCUGCGAACAGAACAGCCUCUAAUGGUCAAGGUUACUUUCUUUGUGAAUGUUACUGAUGAAGCUCAUCUUACCAAUGUUCUCAAUAAUGUUGGUGAAGAAAAGUUUUUCGCCGAAAGUGCGCUGGACCCAGUAACUUACGGCUUCUGGGAUGAUACUCAGACGUUGACCGUCGGAUGUCUGUUCCAGCAGUGCAAUCCUCAGAUACUUGUGGAGCCGUCAUCAAGUAUCUUGCUAAAUGUGAACUUCAAUUACGCGGCUGCUUCCAGUGCGCUUACUACCACCAAGAGAGACACAAUUAGAACAGUGCUGGCCAACACGGCUGGGCCCCUGUCCUUACAGAGCCAUGUGACUAUCACAAGCGAAACUAGCACGUCCUCGUCCUCCACUGAUAUGAGGGUCGCGAUCAGCAUGAAGAGCAAACUGUACGCCACAAAAGCAGCCGCUAGGAUGACUGCAUCAAAUCUCAACUCGGAGGCUGUCAAGGCAGCGUUAGGGACCGACUUGUUCUCGUCGAUUACUGCUACCACGUCAUUUUCCAACUUCACUGUUACACCGCUUCAGGUUCCUGAGCAAACCACCACCACCACCACCACGACAAGCAGGGUAACCACUACAACUUCCGCAGUUGAAACAACUCCUGCCCCUCUCAAUUCGGGAUCGUCCACAGAAACAAAUCCAGCAAGUGAUAAGGGGAACACGAGCUCAUCGACUCCUAGUGGCAGCAGUCAGAACACGAGCUCAACGACUCCUAGUGGCAGCAGUCAGAACACGGGCUCAUCGACUCCUAGUGGCAGCAGUCAGAACAUGGGCUCAUCGACUCCUAGUGGCAGCAGUCAGAACAUGGGCUCAUCGACUCCUAGUGGCAGCACUCAGAACACAAACUCAGGUGAUAUAAAGAAGACAGAUAGCAGUUCUCCGCUUAUCAUCGUCGUUGUCGUGGCCAGUACAUUUUCUGCCCUGAGUAUUUCAGUGAUUGCUGUGGUGUACAUCCGGAAACAGAGAGUGAAGAAGAUAGCGACAGUCAACAAGGAUUCUGAUUCACAAGCUGCCUCAGUGCCCGACAUUCCGACUGCAGUGACCGUAGUUUCUUGUCUGGAGGAGGAUUAG